UAUGUCAAAGAUGGCGGCCAAAUUAAGGAAUGGAUCGUAUCAUUUACUGGCCGAAAUCGGGGCACGAAUACUCUUGUUCGCUAUAUUUGUGUAAGUUGUAUUCCUUUAUGUUUUUUUUUCUGUCAGAGGUUAAGCUUCCUCGUAAAAUUGGGUUUUUAUAUAUGAAUUCUUCUAAGGUAAAUAGUUGACGUGUAGACUAUUCGUGAAGACCCGGUGAACUCCACGCAUGUAUUAAAUGAGGAAUAGAUACACAAAUGCAUUCAGUCAAUCAAAUUACCCGAAACAGAAUAUACUUGUAUGAAAACUGAAGAUACAAGACAUGCAUAAGGUCUUUCAAUAAACUGAUCUCAACUAAAAUCAUCUGUUGACAGCUGUUUCUGUCAGGUUUUCUAACUCUUGGCUCGUAGCCUACGUCGCUUGCAAUGCAAACAGUCUAAAUCGCCGAGUUUAUCGAAUUUUCUAUCCAGCUCUCGAGUAUCAAGUCCGGCUGCAACACAGGCAAUUGACCUUGUUGUCUUGAGAUAAAAUAAUAGAUUAUAUUGCUGUUUAUUGGACGCAGCUCAGGAGACAAAGGUGAUAGGAAAUCUCACAAAGAAACUGAUCCAUUUUCAUUAGUUUAUUGGUAGGGUUGGUGAGUUUUCUGUCCAUUGAUUAAUUAACUGAUUAAAUGUACAUCUUAUCAAUAAUCAUUGUCACAAUAAAGGACAAACCUGUUACUGUCAAACUCAGAUAACUGUGAACAUUUUGAGCGUGUAACACUGUGUUUGUUAUAUGAAGGGGUGAAGCCAGAAAAUUCAGGAAGAAGGACUGGGAGGCUUACCAGUACAGAAGGUUCUGUUAAUUUAUUGCUUAAUGAACUGAAAGAGUAUCUCAAACUUUCAUCUCCAAAAUUUAAUGCGCUUAAAGAAGACAGAUUUUCCUGAGAUUGCUAUAUUUUAACACGUUUCAUAUAAAGGGGGCGUCCACAGCCCCCUCCCCAUCUAAAACCACCGACGAUAUUUCAAUUCGAUGAUUUUCUGACCAAUAGCAGCAAGUGUGCAUAUGCAAUAGAGACUAAAAACUAAUUACUACUGUUUCCAGCAAUUUAGUUUUCAUAUGUCUGCAUGACGUUUUCCUUGCCACAUACAUUUAAUAACAUUCCCUGAACAUUACUGAUAUUUGCAGUUUUCUGAGUUUCACAGUAGGCUAAACACCAAUAAGCACACUAGUGGGAAUAAUAUUAUCGAUUAAUGGUAUUUUUUCUCUUUUCAGGGCACUUGAAUAUACAGCGCCAUUUGUUCGUGUCAUUCACCAAGAGGAAAUGUGGUUAUAUAAAAAUCCUAAGUCAAAGAACACUAUUUCUACAGAAAUAUUAUUUGUAAGUUUCUCUGGGAGCUUCACUACUUUUUGAUGGAUUGAUUGUAGAUUAAUGUGGUCAUGUCUGAGUGAAGAUCAUGCAAGUCCUGUUAGAUAGGUUUACAGGUGUAGUUUUGAUAAUUCUGGGGGUGAAAUGACUCACUGACUUUCUUGCAGUUGAAAUGAAAUUAAUAAAUAAUAAACUACAUUUCUGUUCUCUGUGAUGUUUUGAUACACAUGAUACUAUAGUGGAACCUCCAUAAAGUGCUUCCCUUUGGGAUAACAGAUUUACUGGAAGUUGUUGCAGAAAGGAGUUUGGCUCCUCAGUAAAGUUUUGUCAGAAAUUAGGAUAACCUUUGGCAAAACGUCUCUGAAUUGUGAAGAAAACACUUGUCCAGGCUUUCAUCAAUGUUUGCACAAGAGACAAUUAUAAUUAUACUCAACAAAAUUACAGUAUUGUUUCAAAGACGCAAAUUCUCCUCAAAAUGUUUUGAUGAGGCUCUCCUAACUUGACAUGAACAAUACUAGAAACUAUGGCAUUAACUUUACAACCAGAAAAGACAGACAUGUCUGUAACUGAAACGUUACAUUAUUUAUUGGUCCAUAAUAUGUCGUCACCUUCUAUCUCAGACUGUAUUUUCCCUAUUGUAAUUAUUUUUGAAACAAAGCCAAACUAUGUGUAAGUAAUUAAAUUAAAGCUCCAUGGCUGCUAUAGAAAUGACAACAAUAGGAGAAUUCACAUAAGGAUAGCCAAAAGGUAGCUACAGUUGUUUAGAAGAGUUGGCUACUUAACAGAGGUUGAAUUUAUGAUAAGUUUUUCUGGACUUUGAUUACUGGCCACUUAAUAAGGGGUGGCCACUUGAACGAGUUCCAGCUGUUAUAGAAUGCUUAGAAUGUAUCACUCAUCAGACAGCCAUUUAACAAACACUACUUUUUCUUACUAGGUAAUUUCUGCAAUCAUUCCAAGUGCUCUUAUCUUAAUUCUGGCAUUUUUACGCAAGGACAAGGUUGAUGGCACACAAGCAAUCCUUGGUAGGCAUUUAUAAUGUGUUUGCUUUUUUACUGAGUCUUACUUUAAAGCACCAUUCGAUCAGUAAUAACAUAAGCAUUAUUUGAAAAACACUAGUUGAGCUAAGAGAAUACCUGUAAUCUCAUGAGAUGUUAGACCAUGCCAGGUCAAACAGUUGAACAACAUUACCCUAACAGUUUAUAAAUAGAUAAUCAUGGUUAUCAGAUAUCACUUGGGAAACUUAGGGUGGAUUUAUUUUCAGCAUACCCAUGUAGCUGACACCUUUAUCGUAAAAGAAAUUAAAAACAAUGAGAAAAUUCCAGCAUGCAAAUGUGAUAGCUAUAUGUACAUGUACCAUGUAUAUGUUGUAAAUAAAUCCACUCUCAGGAACACUGAAAUUGACAGUGUAAAUACAAAAGGGUUUGAAGCCUAGCAGGUCAAACUGCUUCAAGUUUCAAAAGCAAAGAAAAUAGUGUGACAAACAAAAACGCUUUAAACACCCCACAGCUUGUCACAACAUACAAUGUCACAAUGUCAAACAGUAAAAAACAUUUGCCUUCUGCAAAAUAAAGUUGUAAUCUACUGUUGUUCCAAUUUUGUGACUGUUUGACCAGCAUCCUGUUUCUUGAAAAGGCCUGGUAACUUUUUGGGCCCAAAGGCAAAUUUUAAAAUCAAUUUAUUAACUUGUACCAUAGUUCCCAGCUUACAAACUUGUCUAUAGUGGUUUGUUAACUGAUAGUUUCAUUUUAUCACGUUUAAAAUUAUUGAAACUUUGAUCUUGAAUGCAAACAGGGCAAACUUAACAGCUUUCUGGGCCCCAAAUGUUAUUAGGACUUUCAAGAAACACAGCCCAGGCCUUUACUUUCCCUAAUUACCCAUCUUAUAAAUCAUGUUUGACUCAUUAUCAGUGAUUUUUUGUUCCCAUCUUUUCCAGCUUUGUCCCUAACUCUUGGACUGAAUGGAGAUGUGACUAAUAUUAUUAAAAUUCUUGUAGGCAGGUAAGAGAUAGAAAUAGGAAUGAAUAGAUUGUCAUCUAGAGCAAUGACACAAGGCUUUCAGAAAAUGCUUUCAAGAGCCUUGUGCAACGUUAACCAAUGUAUUAUAAUGAAUAUCAAAUUACUACUCAGCUGAACCAUUUUUUUGGUCAGGUAUAUGGCUGAAUGAGUGGGUUGGUGUUGUGCCAAAUUAAUAUUAGUCCAACACGGGACUGUUCUGGGAACAUUGUUACUUCCUAUAUCAGCCAUUUUGAGGUUUUAUCAGCAUUGUGUUGCACUAUUUCCACAAUCAUAAAAUACAGUAGCUAUAAUAUAAGUACAGUGGAACCUCAUGGAAUUUGUGACUGUCUCUACCCUGAAGUUCACUCUCCAGUUGAUUCAAAAUUAUCAGACAGAGUAAAUCAAACUACAUGAAUUACAUUGCCAACAACUCAAAUAAGAUCUAUUAUGGGAUUAUCUUGCAGGCCUCGGCCCGACUUCUUCUGGCGUUGUUACCCCAAUGGGAGUAUUCCUCCAACCCAGCAGUGCGAUGGAGAUCCAGAUGAGAUUCAAGAAGGCAGAAAAAGCUUUCCAAGUGGGCAUUCAUCAUGUUAGUUCUAUUCAGUAGUAAUUUGGCUUUAUUAUGAUCAGUGGGUAGAAAUUAGUGGUGCAGAGAUCAUUGAUUAGAAUACCGUUAAAAAUACAGUGGAAGCUCUUCUAAGCGGACACCCUCAGGACGCGAAAAAAGUUGUCUGUAACUGGAGCUCGGGCCUCAUACAAGAAUGUAAAAAUACAGAGUUUGUGUGGCAGUUGAGUAAAACGGGGACUUUGUGAAGGGACCUUAAGUAGAGCUGUCCAUGUAUGGGAGCGUCCAUUGGGAGAGUUUCUACUGUAUUUAUGAUCAAAAUCUUAAACUGAUUCCAUACUGGUAAAUAACAAAACACGUUUUCAACUCUUCGUUGCUGAUACAUCAGCGAUGUAGCCCUCUGAAUGUGUUUUACCAAGACUAAUGGUACACAAUGUAACAGUUUGUAUUCUUCACAAUGUAUUUUUGGGUCUAAUAAUGGUCGGACAGGACUAAUCAUUUCACAGUUUUUGCUCAUUUCUUUUGUUUAUUGUCAUAGUUGCAUUUAGUGGCCUGGGUUUUCUCUCCCUUUACUGUGCUGGAAAGCUUCAUUGCUUUCAGGCGCAGGGCCGAGGACAAGGAUGGAAGCUGUGUGUUGCUUUAGUUCCAGUGACAUGUGCUCUGGCUCUUGCACUUACUAGAUAUUCAGAUUAUCGACAUCACUGGCAAGGUACAGGUGUAUCCCACUUUAUGCAUCAGUCAAUUCCACCUGUGCCCAGAAAAAACCGCACAUUAAAAUGCUUAAAAUGGUUGCUAUUUGACUGUGCAAUCAAUGAAAAAUGUUGCAGNGGGGGGGGGGGGGGGGGGGGGGGGGGGGGGGGGGGGCUGGGUGCAGGUGGAAUUAACUGAUGCAUUAUUGUAGAGUUUAGGACACUUUCUGUAACUAAACUGGUUCUCAUAUCAGGUCAGCUUGUCAAUAAGAAAAAUGCCUCUUUUGAUGGAUGCCAUUUUUUGCAUACGUAUUGAGUGAUACCAGAAACCCAUAAGGGGUUGAAUUCAACCCCUUAUGGGUUUCUGGUGAUACAACCAACCCAUGGUUUUCUUAUUGACCUUACAGAUUUCCUAUUCUUUUUUUAAAUUUAUUCGCAAAUAUUUUGAGGCAUACACUUCAGUCGUAUGAUCAAAACGUAACCUUUCUGUUGUUUGUCCUGUUUCAGAUAUUACAAUUGGUGGAAUUCUAGGUAAGUGCAAUAAUCAUUUUGAGGCCAAAAGAGUGUUUGCUUUAGCCAGUUCCAGGCAUUCAGAUAGUGGGGAUGGUGCACAGAAAAGUGAGCAGGAAAAAACAGGGGGGAGGGGUGGGAUGGGGUUCCCUCCUUACUCCCUCUUCCUGUCUUCUACUUUUGUCACUCCACUCUCCAUCUCUUUCCACUCUCCACCAUCUGAACGCCAUGUAAAAUACCUGUGAAUCCCCUUUCUUGUUGAACGAUCAUGAUUUUUUAUUUUUUUUAUUUUAACCCAUUCACCCCUGGAAAUUUUGCUGAUCAAAGAAAAGGUAGGUGGGUAGUGGGACAUGGAAACUUUCAGGGCAAUGUAUCAUGGUUUUUUGCCUUUUUCUCCGGUGUCCUUGACUGAAUUGUGCUCAAUUUGGUAUGGUUUGAAAGAUCUCUUCACUCUGCACAAGUUAGGGGACAAAGUUGUCCUUGAACAUCAAAACUGAUGACGUCACAAGCGGUAAUAAUAGUAAUAAUAAUAAUAAUAAUAAUAAUAAUAGUUUACUGAUAUCCCUCUCGCAGUCUAAAGGCUGAAUUACAAGGAAGGUCAGUGACACUAACAGAAGACAAUACAAUACAAAAACAAUCAAAUAGAUAAUUAUGUAAAUAUGAUUAAAAGCAUAACGUAACAGAGAAAAAAUAACAAAGCACAGGAUUACAACUGGUCUUGAAACUUAACGGUGCAGAAAUCUGCGAAUCGCUUUGUCUUGGGGACAAGGCGCACGCCUGAACGGAGGCAGUAUGGCCUGUCAAUUGACACACAAGGAAUUAAUGGCUUGAGUACCGGAGAUGACAGGCAGUCACGCUGGAUAAAAUUAAUGCAAGGUUCCUCCCUUCUCUGGGAAAGGGCAGUGAUGCCAGAUUGAAUUAGGGCGUCGUCAUAGUGACAGUUCGGCAAAACGAUGCGUAGGGCCCUUUUUUGUACAGAUUCUAUUACGUGAUCUAAAUACUUUGGCAGGGCUGCCCAAACAGGGCAGGCAUAUUCAAGUACAGAUCUUACAACGCUACAGUACACUUGCACUAGCUGCGUGAUAGUGAGGCCACUUUUUUUAAGCGCGCGCAAUGCGUACAAACGCUUGUUGGCCUUUUUGACUAUGUGCUCUAUGUGGGCAUUCCAUGAAAGGUCAUCAGAGAAAUAGACACCAAGAGCUUAUAGGUCACAACCCUUUCAAUAACAGAGCCUCCAGCGGUAAGGGGGACAGGGUGGAAUGGGCUAUACUGCAUAAAGUUAAAAGGGACGUGAAUCCGCACGGACGGUUACGGGCGGCUCAGGGACGAAUGGGUUGAAAGUUAAAGUUACUUGUCUCGUAAAUUUACGUGACUGUUCUUUAUUUCUUCCAUACAGGCUUGUUCCUUGCCUAUCUUUGUUAUCGGCAGUACUAUCCUGCUCUUAACAGACCUCACUGUCACAUGCCGUACUGUGCCAUCACACCAAUUAUCAAGCACGUUGAUGAACACGAUCAUUUAUUACCAAUGACUGUUAGGGAAAUUAAAGCAGUACAUCCUGUUGUGGCGAAAUCACUUUGACGAUCGUCAAGUACCGCAUCCUUUUAUUAGAGUGUCAUCAUCAUGCGUAUAUAUUUAUUUUAGUAUUAUUAUUCUGGGUAUUGAAAAGGGACCUCUUAUUCCAUACUGCAACGUAGGACACAAGGUCAUUGGUUAUUUUAAUUAUAACUAUGAAACAGAAUAAGAUGUUAAUUAAGUUGACGUCUGAUACACCCCAACUGCUGUAAACAUGUACUGUGCCCAAGACGUUUUCUUUUACUACAAUAAAAGAUUACUAAGAUACUAGUUCAAAGAAUGGACUCUGAUACACAACUGGUACAGGACAAAGAAAUUUUUCCACUAAUGCCGACACUGACUGUUUAUCAUGAUAUUUUCAAAUGAUUGUUGCUGUACAUUAUUAUUCAUUCAAAAUAUUUCUCCGUUUCUCAUUGUCUAAAAUCCCACGGAUAAUUCAGAGGGUCUCGAUCUCCAUAAUUCUUCAGAUGAUAAUGAUACUGACUUACUGUCAGCUAUCUCUAAGAAGAACACUAGUACCAAGUGUCUUUCUAAAGGAGGUGUCUGCUAUAGAGAGUAAAAGAAAUGACUGAAUAGCCUGGACCGAGCGCUUCAGUAUAUGCCUGUGUUAGGAACGUGUCCGUCCUGCCGGCAGGUGUCUUAUAGAC